AGGAAGUGAUCAUGAGCACUCUUUCCACGGAUAGGAAGGCGCUCGUGGAUUAUGGCGUUCAGAUCCGUUUCAUCAAGGACCUGGAUGACACCGGAGGUGUUUAUCCUGACAAAUCCAAAGUAAACGGCGCAACUUCCCCUUCCAAUAAGUACGGUGUGGCAGUGCGGGUUCAGGGAAUCUCUGGACAUCCUUAUGUGGUCUUGAAAGAUGGGGAGAAAGGGGACUCGUAUGGGGUUCAGCUAAACUCUCAGAACUCAGGCUCGGGGUCGCCAUCACCUUACAACAGCCUCCCUAAACCCAAACAACAGCCAGCAGAAUUUACAAAUCCCUACAACGCUGCUCCAAACCCAGCGCAAUCUCCGGUUUCUCUCACAGAGGAUGAGGAUGGGCAGAUCUUUGGGAGUCCUCUGAAGCGACCUCCAGGAGAUGGUCAAGCAGGAACACAAGGGGAGGAGGAAGGCCGAGCCAGAGAAAAAGGAAAAGUAGAAAAUCACAAAGCUGUUCCCAAAAUCAAAGCAAGUGAAGCAGAGAACGGCAGAGAUUGGUCUAGUAAUGAGGAAUAUAAUGAAGCAGGGCUGAAACCUGUUUAUUUAAAUGGUAUGGGACCCAGAGGGUUCAAGUCAACUGGCUCUGGUUUCUCCGGUUCUUUGGGCAGGUACAGUGGGAAAAAACUGACCACCAAAUUUUCUUCAAAGUCAUUCCCAGCACCUGCAGCAUCACUUGAAGAGGAGCCUGUCAACGUGGUCGACGACAACUCCGUGGCUCCCAUCAACAAGCUCAUCAGCAAGUUUAACAGUGGGACUCCAGGCAGCGCUCCACAGACGAGAGGCCGCUCAGGAGCAAGGCAGCGGCUCAGGUAUGACGAACGCAAGCGAUCCAGAAGUCUCGACGCACGGAAGGAUACUCAGCCGGAGGAUUCCCUGCCAUCUCCUCCCUCUCCCACUGUGAAUCCCUAUGCUGUUCCUCUAUCUACGUCCUCCAAGUCAUUGACAUCAUCUAGCAGUAGCAUGGGCGGACAACCGGCGUCUGUCACCAAGGUUUCACCUCCUGAGGCCCCGAAGUCAAGCUUUAAGUCACCGGGGAUGUUUUCCACCAAGAACUUGCCUCCAUCUAUAGCUAAAAAGCCUGACGUUCCUCCCAGGACCUUGAAUAAAAGCGCAGAGAUGAUCGUUGUGGAGGAAGCUCAAGUCAAGUCUAUUUUUAACAUCCCUAAACAGAGCACCAGUGAGAGCGAGGGAUCCCCCAGAAGAAAAGUCAGCCCUGAAAACGAGACAACUGGCACUUCUAAGAAGGGAGGAUCUGAUGGAAGCCAUCAAAAGACCAAACUUGAGGAACUUCAGGAGCAACUCGGUCGCUGCAGGAGAGAUCUGGAGCAGGCCUAUGAUGAAUUGGCCCAGGAGCGUAUGGCCAGAGAACUUGCAGAGACUCGCCAGCGUCUACUGGAAGACCAGCUGGCUGAGCUUCAGGAGGAUCUGAGGAGGUUUUCAGAAAACUCACCUCACUCAGACUCACUGCAGACGGAUGUGAUGAUGCUGCAGGCUGAGCUGGCUGAGGCUGCUCUGUUACGUCAGCGCCAGGAGGAUGUGCUCCACCAGCGCGAGCGCGAGCUGACAGCCCUGAAGGGAGUUCUGAAGGAGGAGGUGGAGUGCCAUGACAGAGAGAUGGAGAAUCUCAGGGAACAGUACAGCCAAGACAUGGACAACCUGAGAAGAACCAUGGAGCAGGUCACACAGUCGCAGGAGCAGAUAGAAGAGGAGAGGGAGAGGGUGAACGCCUCCAUGUUGACCCUGGAGGAAGAGCUGGAGAGCUGCAGAGACGAGAGCCAGCAGUGGAGGUCACAGCUGGAGGUCACCACGGAGGAGCUGCACAUCACCAGAGAAGAGCUCCUGAAAUCCCACUUGGAGAAGGAAGAAUUUGAGAAUAAGCUUAAGGACGUUCAGGAUUCACUUCUCGCCACUAAGAAACAAAUGUCUGCGUCUGACGAUAACUCUUCUGUGGAAGAGGAGCUUCAGCGUUGCCAUGACAAUCUGAAGCGUACUCGCGCCGAUCUGUACAAACAAAAGGGCGAGUUAGACGAGAAGACCAGAGCACUUCAGGCCCUGAAGAAAGCCAGCGAAGAGAAGGAGGCGGAGCUUGUGUCUGAAAUCAGCAGGUUGAAGGAGCAGUCGAAGAAAGACAAAGCCGAGCUGGAAAAGGAGCUCGGGAAAGUGAAGGAGCCAUCAGCUGGAGCUUCAGCAAGGACUGUGUUGGAUCACAGCAGCAACAUGGAGCUGCAGGAAGCCAACACUCGCCUCAGAGAAAGACUGGCACGAAUGAAGCCUCCCUCUCAAAAUGCAAGACAACUUAACAGUGCAACAACGAGGCUUCACUCCAGUGCCCCGCGCAGCCCGGAGACGGAGGAGGCGGUGGAAGCUCUGGAGGAUGAGAACCGCUCCCUGAAGUCUCAGCUGGAGGAGGCCAAAAGAGCGACCACCCGUCUGAGCAAGGAGAGGGACGAGCUGACCCGGCGGCUGGAGGAGAGAGACCUGGAGAGGGAGGCGCUGCGGAGAGGCAAGAUUGACCUGGAGGAUCAGAAGAGGCUGCUGGACCGAGCCCUGGAGAAGAUUAACAAAGAGAUGGAGAUAAUGAUGGAAGAUUCCCGUCAGUCUGUGGUAGCGCUGCACACACAGCUUGACGACUACAGGGAGCGCUCGAGGAAGGACCUGCUGGAGGCGCAGCGCAACAAUAAAGAGCGGCUGGCUGAGCUGCAGAGAACCCAGAGCAACCUGAAGGCCCAGCAAGACGAGAUUUCUCGUCUGAAGAAGGACCUGCUGGUGUGCAGCGAGGAGAGAGACAACGCUCAGCUGGAGAGAGACCUUCUCAGCAACCGCCUCAAACACCUGGAGAGUGAGCUGGAUUCAGAGAAGAUCACCCACACAGAUCGCAGCAGGGAGAUCAGGAGUCUGGAGGAUAGAAUUAAGACCCUGGAGAUUGAGCUGGAUGAGGAGCGGAGCGGCGUGGAGCUUCUGAACGACCGCAUUACACGUAGCAGAGAUCAGGUGGACCAGCUACGCUCAGACCUGAUGCAGGAGCGGUCGGCGAGACACGACCUGGAGAUGGACAAGAGUGCAUUUGAGAGACAGGUGAAGGAGCUGAGGUCUCGUGUGGCAGACAUGGAGGGACAGACCCGGCCCUCGGCUGGAAUCGCCCUGCUGGAAAGCAAAAUCCAAGAGUUAGAGGAGAGACUUCGCAGUGAAGAAAGAGAGAAGGCCACCAUCCAGGCAGCUCAUCGACGACAUGAGAGAAAACUAAAGGAGCUAAAUGCCACGUUAGACCAGGAGAGGAGCCAGCAUGUGGAGCAAAGAGAUCAGCUGUCCCUGCGUGUGAAGGCCUUGAAGCGGCAGGUCGACGAGAGUGAACUGGAGGUGGAGCGCCUCGAGGGAGUCCGCCGCAAGGUUCUCAGAGACUUGGAGGAGCAGCAGGAGCUCCAGGAGGUGCUGCAGGCCAAAGUCACAGCGAUGGAGUCUGAACUCAAGCGGAAGUCACAGCACACACACCGAGCAGCUCUGGGAUCCUCCACUUUAAGCUCUGAGGACGAGGACGGUUUCUAUGACACCAACAUCUCCUCCAAUCCUGCAUAACAGGCCACCUCCAGAACCUCCAGCAGCUAGAAGAAGACCACUAAAGGAAUACAGAAAUAUUCUCGGUGCAAAAACUGUCAGUGAAAUUCACUCAGGACAUCAAGGCUCUGACUGUGUGAAGAACUCCAUUGCCACGUAGCUCCAGACUCGCCGUGCAGUUUCUCUUAGUUUUGUUUUUAAUGUCAGGAUCGUUAGAGUGCAUUUCUCAAGCCUUCAGCUGUGAUCAUGAUUGCUUCUUUACUCUUAUGUUUUUAUCUCUCAUGACAUCCACACUUUUUCUUGUUGAAGAGAUUAAUUACCGUCAGAGUUUUACUUCAGCUUAAAAUUUUUCUUACGCCGCUUUUCAUUUACUGGGGUAGCACAUUACUGUGGCGUGAUUUAUAGUCCAAGGUCACAUGAUAGUGAGGGGUUUCACAAAUUUAAAUCGGUUUUAAACCAAACGUUUCUUGUGAUAUAUUUGCUGGCGCAUGAUUUCUUACAGCGGUCAGUGUUGUUGUAGCUCCAACAGUUUAAUUGUGAAUCAAAGAGGGUUUUUUUUGUGUUUCUUUGUGUGUUUUUUUUACCUUUUGAAUGUGACAGUAAUGGACAAUUUACACUGAGCCUAUAUUUUUUACAGAUGUGCAUAUGUGUUAGUCGAGACAAUCAGAUAUACAUACAGUAACACUAUAAAUCCUCUGAGCUCAAUUUUCUACUACAUUUCUAAAUGUGUAUGUUAUUUAUUUCGCUUGUGUGCAUGGUUUCGCUCAAACGCCUUAAACUUUAUUUUCACAUCUUUAUUUAAAUCGAGUGUCGUCCCUGCAUGUGCUCUCUUUAUGCUGCUGCUGCUGUAAUGAUUGAAAUAGUAUUCCGUGUGCUUGCUUUUUGCCUGUGUCUCCUGUGCAUUCCAUAUGGAAAUAUCUUUACCUUAGAUUACCUUCGAUAUUUCUCCCGAGUUGCACCUUUCUGUCCUGAAUGCGGAUUAUAAUCUGCUACAUUUUGAUGGUGUUAUUCUCGUUUAAACGUGUCACGUUGAAACUUUGUACAGAGGUGUGCUGCGAGCAGAGUGUGUAUAUUAAGCUGCUUGUCAUAUUUGAUGUGCGGCAAAGAGCUUUAUAAGUGUUUCCAAGAUUUUUUGACCAUGUGUACAAUAAAAAAGAGGUAUAUUGCAAAUGUG